UCAAUGCCGCUGAUUGCGUUAAAAGUUGCAACUUUUUAAUUUGCUGAAAGGAAGCAAAGAAAAAGGUCACUGUUAUGGCUGAACCUUGAAAUAAGUAAAACAUUCUCUUACUUUAAUAAGUUAAACCAACCCUCUUUGGAGGGGAAUCGCAAAGGGAAAUACUUUUUGAUAUGGCUAAGACGACAACCAACUCCACAAGACUCUGCUGGCCUGCUGGGUUGAGAGCAGAUUGCCUAGUUAAAUAUGUCAUAUACUAGGAAAAAACAAAAAAAUGUUCAAUAAGUUACCGACUUUAAUGAUCACUCAGGAAAGGUCGCGCACUCAAUGCAAUGAUAGUGGAUUUAAUUUUGGUAACUGCCUGCGGAACCGAGCAUUGCUGCAAGAUGGCUUCAAGCCACCGCAAGCAUAUUCAAAUGGCACGAGUGUGGUGGGACUUUUGUAUAAAGGUGGCGUCAUCCUUGGCACUGACACACGAACCACUAAAGGACAUGUUGUGGGAUUUGAGAGAACGAACAAAAUUUUUCGUUUGCAUGAUUUUAUCUAUGCUGGUGGUUCAGGUGUUGCCCAAGAUUUACAGCAAAUGGCCAAUGUAGCAUCAUCACAAUUGGAUUUGCUUACCAUGAACAACAAUCGCCACCGUCCACGGGUUUGUGGUGCAAAUAGGCUAAUGAAACAAUAUUUGUACCGUUUUCGCACUAUGAUAAAUGCCCAUUUCAUCAUUGCCGGCGUUGACGUUUCUGGUGCGCAUUUAUUUUGCACUCACAGCGAUGGAUCCUCCGAAACAGUGCCCUACACGGUGUUGGGCUCUGGCACUAUGCCUGCCAUCUCUAUAAUUGAGUCCCGCUGGGAGCCAGCAAUGGGAGAGUUCUUUGCCCGUGAUUUGGUCUGUGAUGCCGUAGCCGCUGGCAUUGUGAGUGAUAUCAAUUCGGGUGCGACCAUCAAGUUGUGUAUAAUACGAACCGACUUUACGAGGCAACUGUGCAGCCAAGAAGUGUAUAUAAAAGCCGUCGAUAAACCGCGCCCUAUAGCAUUAGUUGGCCUAGUUGGCCCUCCUCAGAUGGCCUACAUUGAAGAGGUAUAUAAAAAGGUUUAUCCAGUAACAUCGCUUCCGUCUAGAAUGAACUUACUACAACGGAGAUCUAGCCUAGAUUUGUCGCUGCAGACAGCAAUUUUCUCAGAGUCCGAGGAAGAUCAACAGGACAAGCAAGAUCCGACAGAAGCUGAAGAAGACCAACAGGGCCAUGAAGAUCAGCAGGGCAGCCUAGAUCUAGAAGUCUCAUUGCUUGAAGCUGGGGCAGAUCAAGAAGACAACGAUGAUGGGGCUCCGCCCACCAAAAGAGCUAAAUUUUAAGACUAAAUAAACUUGUUUAUAUUUUUAAAUAAAAAGAGUUCAGUUUUUCCGGAAA